UAUCGCCAUGGCAAGUCGGCAACCAAUUAAGCAUGGGAUCGUCUCAUCCUCACGCCAUAUAUAACACUUGCGUUUUGGUUUUGGUAUUGGUAUUGGUAUUGGUAUCUCCCUUUUCACUUUCCCGACCUCUCUCUCUCUCUCUCUCUCUGCAGCAAAACAAUCCCGACCAGCAGAGAAGAAUCAAUCCAUUCUUCUACUCCGAUUCCCCUGUUCCCUAUCUUCCUCUAUAUAUAUGUAUGCUCCAAUGAAGAGAGCUGCAGAGGCGGCAUAACUACCAACCAACCAACUCACUCCCUCCAACUUAUUAUUCUUCCUCGACCUGUCCUGUCCUCCGAUGGCAGCAGCAACUGGGCCGGUGGUGGAUGCAGACUACUUGAAGGACAUCGACAAGGCUCGCCGCCGUCUUCGCGCUCUUAUUUACGCCAAGCAAUGCGCUCCCAUCAUGCUUCGCUUAGCAUGGCAUGAUGCGGGGACAUACGACGCGAAAACAAGGACCGGAGGGCCGAAUGGGUCGAUCCGGGGUCGGAAUGAGCUGUCUCACGCCGCCAAUUCUGGAUUGAACACGGCCAUUGACUUCUGCGAAAUAGUCAAGUCCAGGCAUCCCAGGAUCACCUACGCAGAUCUGUACCAGCUUGCAGGGGUUGUUGCCGUUGAGAUCACAGGGGGUCCGACAGUUGACUUUGUUCCAGGCAGAAAGGACAUAAGAGAUUCCCCUGAAGAAGGCCGGCUUCCCAAUCCAACCCAAGGUCCCUCCCACCUCAGGGAUGUCUUUUACAGAAUGGGACUUUCAGACAGAGACAUUGUUGCACUCUCUGGAGGCCACACUUUGGGAAGAGCACACGCAGAGAGAUCAGGUUUUGAAGGUCCAUGGACCAAGGAACCAUUCAAAUUUGAUAACUCUUACUUUGUGGAGCUGACAAAAGGAGAAUCACAAGGACUGCUAAAGCUCCCUACUGACAAGGCUCUUAUGGAAGAUCCCAAGUUCCGCGAAUUAGUCCUUUUAUAUGCCAAGGAUGAAGAAGCAUUCUUUGAAGACUAUGCACUGUCGCACAAAAAGCUGUCGGAGCUGGGGUUUUCCUCAGCAGCCUGGAGCAAGCUUCGAGCCUUGCUUUGGCUCCAACAUUUGAAGGCUUUGUUGGGUUUCACCAGGCGUGCCAAGUGAGCUAACAUCUGCUGAGCUGCUGGAUUCAAUGAAGAAUGUUUAAAAUUCUACUCCUUUUCGCCAGUAGCAUUCUCUACAAAAAAUAACCAAAACAAUCGAAUGAACAAUCAAGGAAGAAACAUAUGGUGUUUUUAUUAUCGAAAACAGAGAUUUUCCCUUCAGUGAUAGAUAAUAAUAUGAAUGGUGGAGGCUGGGAAACCUUUGUAAAUCUUAAAAGCUUGGUUCGCACUUCCCUACCUCUCUCUCUCUAAAUCAAUCAAUUAAUUAAAAGAUGGUGGUCGAUGAGAACAAGUUUAUCUUCUCCCUUUUAAAACUUAAAACUGGUCUUCUUCAAUAGUAAUUCUCCCUACACACUAUGGGUCGAUCUCGAGAGCUUCUUCACUUGGGUUUAGUCAUGGAGACCUAUUUCUCAAGGAUUAUGGGUUAGCCUCGAGUGUACAAUAUGGAUUUGGGCCCCAUUAUUACUAGACUCGUCCGAUACUUCGGGGUGGACACCACCAUUUCAAUAGAGGUGGGUCAAACAUAGAUAUUUUCUGUGGAGACGCUCCACCAUAUGAGGCUAGUUCACCUCGAGCGAGGCAUCAAGUACAUCGAUGGUCUCCAACCUUCUGCUUUGUUCAGGCCAAUAGUGAAUGCGGCACCAGAGCCACCACGGUGAGUACCGACACCAUCAACACGCCACCAUGGCCACUAUGGGGCUUCAUCAUCAAUCGAAGUCGGACCAUCUUCUUCCUUGAGCGACCUAGAGACUCGCGUCUCUGCCUUUGAGGGCCAGUUUUCCGGUCAUCAUCCCAGAUCGCAUGAGAGUGAGAUGCCUGACUGAUAUGACCAAAGUACGCAGCUUCAAUGAUAUUUUUAAACUUUUCUUGAUUUCUAUUCUUCAACUCGAAAAUAAAGAUAGGUUGCAAAAUCAAUCAGAAAAUUCCAACUCGUAACAAAGGGAAAUUGGUAUAUGAAACCAAUCGGACAAAAUCAACUCGUGGAAAGCAUGGUAAAGGAAACCGUACCGGACAUCAUACCGGAUUCCUUUCUGGUAUGGUAUUUUGUGGUACGACCGUGGUUCAACCGUUUUGUACCGGUAAAUACCGUUUUUCAUUAUUGAUAGAGAAAUGAAAUGGGAUAGUAUAAAAAAUAUAAUCCAUCAAAAAAAGAACCAAAUAGAGCAUUAUACAACCACGGUGACCCAUUUUCAACAUAGAAAAAUAGCAAAAUAAUAUUCUUUUUAAUUAUUUUCCACAUAUUGGACGAGAAUACGGAGAAAUGAAGCUGAAUCAUAGACCAGAAAACCGGAUCAUACCGGCCGGUUCAACCGGUUCAACCGGUCGAACCGGAAAAACCGGCCGGCACGGUAAAAUCAGCACAAGCAGCCCACCGUAUCGCUUUUGGUCCAAUUUCCGGUUGAACCGGCCGGUACGAUCCGGUUUCCUGGUCUAUGGUGGAAAGUGGAAAUUGAUAUAAGGUAAAUGUCUGCCACAACUAGAAGCAUUCUGCCAUUCUCUAGUUGAUAAGAGACACAUGAAAUCUCCUGGAAAUCCUUCGACAUAAAGCUUGCACUAAACAUUCCUAUGGAACUCGAGUGAAACUAAUGAAAUUGAUUGCUGAAAACUUGAUUGCAAAAACAAUAGAAUUUUUCCCUUUAAAUAGGGUUACAAACCCAAAUCCAAAACAAACAAAGAAAGCAAAAUAAACACUUAAAUUUAAA